GAAUAAAUGGUUAGGAACUACGAAUUGUUAUCCUUAGGAUGCAGAACCAACCGAGCGAAAGGACUUCUGGAAUAUGCUGCCCCAAGAUGCAGAAUGCAGCUGCAAAAAUAGCAUUCGCGGUCACGAUGUCCCUUAAACCACAUGACCUUCCUACGAAAGCAGAGCCUUAAACUUAUAAACUAAAUGAGAACUCCCCCUUUUUCUGAAGUUAACACAAGGCAGGGCAGCUGAAAUCAGCGCAGCAGGGGCAGAUCCGCCGCUGACUCCUCAGGAUGGACCAUGGACAGCAAAGUCCCUGUGCUUUCGCUACACCCCUUACCGUUAGAAGAUCUGGGAGGGAGGAAAGGAGGAGAAACACCCCAGAAUCCUGGCAGAAAAGCCCCUGGCCCCGAAGGUGGGGUUUAGGGAGACUGGGAGGGGCAGCUCCGUGUGUGGUGACCCUUUGAGAACACGCACUCUGUGGCAGCAUCGGCUCUACCGAGGGUUUGGAAAUGCGGACUAUGGGCGCCUGGCGCGGCCCGACCGAGGAGGCCACGCUGCCGGAGAGCCUCCAUGGCACCCCCGCGGCGUCGGGAGCCCAUCCUUCUCCCACCCCCGGGUCACCGCGGGCCGCUCGGCUCCCGACCACGACUUGCGCGGGCCAGAGCGCAGCGACACGCACGCCGAUCUCUUUCCUCAGCGUAAUCCCUCCGCAGCCGGCCGCGCACUAGUUUUAAUCACGCCCCACCCCCUGGCCGCCGGCGUCACCUCCGCCACUCGCACGCUUUCCAGCAGCUUCCAGAAACGUCGCCUCCCCAAACCCAGCCACUCAUACAUGGCGGGCUCUGCAGCCACCCGCCCCGCCCCUACUCGUCGCCGCAGUUGAAACUGCGGCUGCGGCUGCGGAGCGGACAGCCACGCCUCUGAGGAGCGCAGCCGGAAGUGCUCCGUCCUCGCCUUCCCCGCCACGCCUACGUCCCUUCAGGCCCUGCGUGCAGCAGGAAGGGGGACUCUUUUGCCAAGGGCUCAAGCCGGAAGCCGCUUUCCUAGCGGAGACACGUUGGGGGAGGAGCAGUCGGAGGGUAACGUGAGUUGAACGUUGCGACUUAGGUAGUGUGGCGCUCAAGCUGGACCAGGAGUUUGGACCGACCCGGUACGAAGAAGGGGAGUGCUCGCGGCAGAGAGACAGAAACAGAGAAACUAUCUGAAAAAAUUUUCUAGAUUCUCUCAGGCAGAUGGAAAUUUUCAUCAAGAACAAUUUAUUCAAGAUACAAAGCCGACCGGUUUCUCUUUCAAGAAUACUGCAGGAGGAUACAAGGGUUCAUUGAAAAAUCCUUAGUGAUAUUGACAUGUUUCAAGUGACAUAAAUUAGCCAAUGACUCGGAAUGAUGGAUUCCCCGAAGAUUGGAAAUGGUUUGCCAGUGAUUGGACCAGGGACUGGUAUAGGGAUAUCUUCACUCCACAUGGUGGGGUAUUUGGGAAAAAAUUAUGAUUCAGCUAAAGUUACGUCAGAUGGGUAUUGUCCUGCUUGUAGAGAGAAGGGAAAGUUAAACGCCUUAAAGACUUACCGAAUUAGUUUUCAAGAAUCUAUCUUUUUGUGUGAGGAUCUGCAGUGCAUCUAUCCUUUGGGCUCUAAAUCACUUAAUAACCUAAUUUCUCCUGAUUCGGAAGAGUGUCACACUCCGAGUAAGCCUCAAAAAAGAAAGAUCUUGGAAACCAGCUGUAAAGAUUUACUUCUUUUAGCAAAUUCCAAAAAGACUAGAAAUCAUAUUGUUACUGAUGGUGAACAAAUUUCGAACAGCAAACAUAAUGGAGAAGUAUAUGGUGACAGCUCAUCAAAUCCAAUUAGCACAGCUGAUUGCUUGGAGCAGAAUGAGAUUUUGGAAGCUGAUAUUGUUGAUGUGGCUACUGAAAAAGAUCGUACUACAAUUGAUGUCUCUGGAACUGGGGGAAUUUCCCCUCAAAACGAAGAAUAUACAUCUGAACUGGAAAUGCCAUUGGAGAGCAAAUUUACAUCAUUUCAGCAGACUUUGUGUGUCCAGUGGAAAAAUGCUUAUGCUCUCUGUUGGUUAGAUUGUAUCCUAUCAGCUUUGGUGCACUCAGAAAGACUAAAGAACACUGUGACUGAACUGUGCUCUAAGGAGGAAUCUGUAUUCUGGCAGCUGUUCACAAAAUAUAAUCAAGCAAACAAGCUUUUGUGUGAGAAGCAAUUGGAUGGAGUUAAAGAUGGAGAUGGUCAAAAACUUGCUUCAGAAAUAUAUGCGGAGAUAGACACCUCUCUGAAUGAAGUCAGAGAUAAAAUUUUUGUUAGACUUCAGCCUCAGCUUAGGUGCGCAUUAGGUGAUAUGGAAAGCCCUGUGUUUGCAUUUCCCCUGCUCUUAAAGAUAGAACCUCACAUUGAAAAGCUCUUCCUAUAUUCUUUUUCUUGGGACUUUGAAUGUUCACAGUGUGGACACCAGUAUCAAACCAGGUGUACGAAGAGUCUGGUCACCUUUACAAAUGUCAUCCCUGAGUGGCACCCACUUAAUGCUGCCCAUUUUGGUCCAUGUAACAGUUGCAACAAUAAAUCACAAAUAAGAAAAAUGGUAUUAGAAAAAGUGUCUCCCUUAUUCAUGUUGCACUUCGUAGAAGGCUUACCGCAGAAUGACCUGCAGCGCUACGCAUUUCAUUUUGAAGGCUGUCUUUAUCAAAUAACUUCUGUAAUUCAGUACCAAGCAAAUAAUCAUUUUAUAACAUGGAGUUUAGAUGCUGAUGGAAGUUGGCUGGAAUGUGAUGACUUAAAAGGCCCAUGUUCUGAAAGGUAUGAGAACUUUGAAGUUCCUGCUUCAGAGAUACAUAUUGUUAUUUGGGAAAGAAAAACGUCUCAAGAGACGGAUAAAGAAGGUGCUUGCCUCUCGCUUGAAGAGACUAGUGAUCAACAUUCUUUUGAUAAUGAGAAACCAGUAUCUCCAGCUUCGUGUUCUGUGGCUGAUGCUGCCUCAGCUGAAACAGCCCCGGUGGCUCACCCUGCAAAUACGCCAGUCGCUCCUCAUGCUCCUCCACAGGACAAAGCUGUAGCUCUUGGAGAUCAUUCACUUUCAAGUCCAAAAGAUUUGGUUGACAAUACUAUUUUACCCUUGACACUUGAAGACACUAUCCAGCAAACUGCCCCGGUUUUUCAGCUUAACUCUGAAGCUUUCCUGUUAGCAAGUAAACCUGUGGCAGAAAAUACAGGAAUUGUUAAAACAAAUACUUCUCAGUCACAAGAAUCAUUAAUGCCUUCUUCAGUAUCAGCCCCAUGUAAAGAGAAUCUUACCCAAGACCCAUUAGUGGAUCUGAACUUUCCAUCUCAAGUUGUAAAUACCAACGUGCAAUCCUUACAGCUGAAUGUAGAAGAUACUGAAAGUACUAAACCUGUGAAUAAUGCUGACGCCGCUGGCCUUAUACAGGGAGUGAAGUCUGUAGAAAUGGAGAAGGACGCUCAGUUAAAACAAUUCCUUACACCAAAAACUGAGAAAUUAAAACCAGAACAAGUUAUAUCUCAGGUACCUAAUUUGAAGAAAAAAGAAACUGUAGCAGACUCUCAAAACAUGACAGCUAAGUCCUUACAGAAGCAGUCUGUGAAAGAAAAUGAGAAGAAACCAUUUGUGGGAAGUUGGGUUAAAGGCUUAUUAAGCAGGGGUGCUUCUUUCAUGCCGCCUUGUGUUUCAGCUCAUAGUAGAAACACUAUAACUGAUUUGCAACCUUCAGUUAAAGGGGCGAAUAAUUUUGGUGGCUUUAAAACCAAAGGAAUAAAGCAGAAGUCUAGCCGGGUAUCCAGGAAAGCUCAUAGGGGUUCAAGUAAGCCACCUCCAGCGAGUGAGCCUCCACCAAGUCCUCCGUCGUCGGGUGGCACGGCGGCCGCUCACCCACGCGUGAGUGCCAGCACUGCUUCCGAAGAUGUGAAGAAGGGUGACAGUGCCUCACACGGAGCUCAACUCGACCACAGUUCUCAUGGAAAUGAAAAUGGUGUUUCUUCAGCAAACCAUGGAGACUCAGUUGAAAGUCAGAUUCAUAAACUUCGCCUAAAACUUCUUAAAAAACUAAAGGCAAAAAAGAGGAAAUUAGCUGCUCUCACGUCUUCCUCCCAAAGUGGAAAACUUCCAAGUGAAAAUUUAGAACAUGUACCCCAAGGUGGGUCUCCAAAUGAUUGUGAGUCGAUAGAAGACUUGUUAAAUGAGCUGCAGUAUCAAAUUGACCUUGCAGAUAAGAAGUCUGGAUGCACCACUGUUUCUGGCGUUUCCCCGUACAAUAGUCAAACUCAUGAAGAAAUUUUAGCAGAAUUAUUGUCUCCUACAUCUGUUGUUUCAACAGAGCUCUCAGAAAAUGGGGAAGCUGACUUUAGGUAUUUGGAAAUGGGAGAUAACCAUAUACCAGCUCCAGUACCUGGUGAACUAAAUAUUUCACAGAACACAUAUCUGGGACAGGACCGUAAUUACUGUAGCCCGAGUAAGAAAACUGCAUGUGAAGUUCAGCCAGACUCCCUAACAAACAAUGCCUGUGUUAGAACAUUAAACUUGGAGAGUCCCAUGAAGACUGAUAUUUUUGAUGAGUUUUUUUCCACCUCAGGAUUAAAUUCUUUAGCAAAUGACACGUUAGACUUACCUCAUUUUGAUGAAUAUCUGUUUGAGAAUUGUUGAAUGCUUAUUAAAUAACUCUUUAAUAUUUAUUAUUACUCUUAGAAAAACUGUUUUCAGGUAAUGUUUAUACACUGGCCUAGUGUUAAUAGCCGUGAACAAAAUGUAAGCAACUGAAGGUUUUGCCUUUGGUUGUGCCCAUGAAGCAUGUAAUUUGUUUUACAAAUUAAAAUAAUCAGGAAUGUGUUCUCCUGUGGGUUUCAUUUUGUAUUUGUAAGAGAAUGGGGAUUUCAAAAUGUUUUUAAAAGAUGAAAAGUGUUAUCUCGUUUCUGGCAGUUGUACAGUUGGGUUCAUUAAAUUGCUAGAUUUGAAAUUUUGGUUAUGUUCAAGAGUUUAUAUAAACUUAAGUUGUUGCAUAUGGUAUAUGAAUGCCUGACGGUUUUCCUUAGGGUUGUGUGGUCUUACGUGAGGUCCCAAGCCUGUUUCUUACAUAAAGUGCUGUGGAAUGUGAACUUCCCCGUACCACCUGUGUCCUUUGUCUCUCCUUACAAAGGAUGGCAGGAAACCUUAUUAAUAGAACUUUGUUUGAGUAAUGUUAAGUGAUCAAUAAAUGAUCUUUAAUAGGAAAAAGUAAUCUAUUUUCACAAUGAUGUGCAAAAUGUUUACAUGUUAUCACUAUCAUGAAUAGCAUACUUCUCCCCAAGACAUUUCUAUAACCAAAGUGACAUCAUUUAACAGUCCUGUAUUGGGAGAGUAUAAUAACCAGUGCUUAUAAGGCUUGCUGCAUGUUGGGUCCUGUUAUAUAUAUGAGACAUGUGUUCAUUCAUGUAAACCUCAACAUUCCUGUGAGUGAGAUACUUUUUACCACAUUUUACAGAUAAGAAGGAAUGCACAGCUCGUAAGUUGUAGAGCUGAGAUUGAGUAGAGUGGUUACUAUAGCAAUUAGAAGUGCUGAGCUUAUCAAUAUAUGUUCUUCCUCUCAGGCUUUAUUUAAAGUUUGAAUACCCAAACAGCACUACUGCUGUAGUGAUUUGAGGUAACAGUAGUUACUGAGGUCUAAUGGUGGCAGUCAGUGGUCUUGGGGUAAAAUACUUUACCAGGGUCUCAGUACUUUGUAAUUUAUUUGCCAAAUUUACUCCUAAACCUUGUUUUUUUUCCUGUUUGCAAAAGUAGUACAAUUUAUUGUAAAGAGAAGCUGAGAAAAGGUAGGAAAACACCAAGACUUUUGAUCAUCCAUUUUAAUCUUAGUGGUAACUAUUGCAAACAUUUUCAUAUUUAUGCAUAUAGACUUUAAAUAAAAGUGAGAUCCUCUUGUA